AUGUCUGACCGUGGAAAGCAGGGCGGCAAAGCCAAGGGCAAGGCGAAGUCUCGCUCGUCCAGGGCGGGCUUGCAGUUCCCUGUGGGUCGAGUGCACCGCCUGCUUCGCAAAGGGCACUACGCGGAGCGCGUGGGAGCCGGAGCCCCUGUCUACACGGCGGCGGUGCUGGAGUACCUGACUGCCGAGAUCCUGGAGCUGGCCGGCAACGCGGCGCGGGACAACAUGAAGGCGCGUAUCAUCCCUCGGCACCUGCAGCUGGCCAUCCGCAACGACCAGGAGCUGAACAAGCUGCUGGCCAAAGGCACCGUCCCCCAGGGCGGCGUCCUGCCCAAGAUCACAAAGUGA